CGCCGGAGCGGCAAGAUCAGCAUCAGUGGAGAUGACAUUGAAAGAGCAGCGGAAGAGAAAGUCUUGGGCCCCAGGGCUCAAGGCAGCACUGAGCCAGACCUGACCAAGAAGGAGUCAGACAAGGAGUCCAAGCGGAAGGAUGUGAUUGUGGAAUUCUUCACCACGUCCAGCGAAAACACCUACAAAGUGGUGGAGCACUUGAAGAAGUCCAAGCUGCGGAAACCGGAGAAAUAUUAUGUGGGAAAACUGAAAAGCAGUUCUCUGCCUUCUUAUGUGGAGGAAGUGUAUCUGUCAGAGGCUUUCUUUAGAGAUGUCAGAAGACAUCUCCGACUCCAGUUCUUUGAACACCUGGAGCAGUGGUUUGAUGACACCCUAGCCAGCACCUGGGUCGUGGUGGUGGUGAAGAAGGAAGAGCUCAGUGCCGAGCUGCAGCUGCGCCUCCAUCUUCACGAACCCCGGAGGGAACGUAUCGAGAAGGAUGUCUACAACGUCAGGAUGGCGGAGCUACGGAUUCACAGCGACCGCUUGAAGCGUCACUGCGCCGCCUUGAUUGAGGCGCUGAAUAAAGAGAGAGGCGCCUUCUUCAAGAUCCGAGAAGACCACAACGCGGUCAGCAAAUCCUUCCGAAACCGAAUCCAAGAGAUGGAGAAAGUCUUCCAGACGGAAAGCCGGGCGGAAAAGGUGAUGGCCCUGAGCCGUAACCUCCACAUGGAGCUGCUGAACCACGUGGAAGUGCUCCAGGUCUCCAUGAGGAGUUACCGACAGUACCUGGAGGAAGCCCUGGGGAAGCUGCGAGAUUCUAACACGGAGUUCCUGAAAGCCUGCAGGCUCUUUGCAGACGGUGGCAACUUCUCCCCCGAGGAGCUGGAGAUCUUCAUGAAGCAGCUGCAGAAGGAGAACUCGCGGAUCGAGUUUGUCGAAGGGUUGAUCAUGAUCGACAUGGAGAAAGCAGAGACCGGCUACCUGGAGCAGGCUACGGAAACGAUCACCAAGUUCGAGAACAGGUUUCGUUACCUGGCUAUGGACCGAGUCUUCCUGGAGAGGAUCCAGCGGUUCCUGACCAAUAUUCAAGUGAAAAUCAAGACAGAGGUGGCCAAAUCCAACUGGCAGACCCAGACGUUGAACGACUACCUGAAGAAGCUCGUCCAGAGGAUCGAUGCCUGCGCCCACCCGAACGUGGACAAGGAAAGCAUCACUCCAGAAAAGCUUUAUGAGUUCACCAAGUCCGUCAUGGAAGAACUGAAGAAGAGAUGUAAAUAUCUCAACUGUCAGCUCCGGAUCCAGGAACAGGAGAUCACUUUCCUGCCGGUGGUUAUCGCCGAGGACUCCGUCGUGAGCUCCGCCCCAUCGGAUGUGUCCCUCCCGGAGAGCCGGGUCAUCGUGAUGGGCAUGGACUACACGCCUGUCCUGAAUCCGAGCAGAAUGGGGAAACCGGCCUUCGAUGACGCGUCCUUCGGCCUCAUCCGAAACCUCACCGGGUUUGUGCGUGGGAAAAAGAUGAUAGAGGCUCAGCAUGAAAGGGACCUCGCAGGACUGCCUGGGACAGACCGAGGAGAGAUUCCCAACCCAGCUUUCCCGUCCUUGUUCAGUGGGGGCGGCCACCGUGAAAGCCUUUCCUUGGGAGCAGCCUAUUUGCUGUCCAAGAAAUCUAGUUCCAUCACCAAGGCCUCGGGAAGCGGGAACUCCAUCCAAAAAUACACCAGGCUUACUAAAGCCGACAGGAAGUUGCUGAUUUUCGGAGGCCAGCCAAAAGAGACAGAUCCGGAUUACUUUACCGGCAUCGUCUUCAGCAUCCUGUGGGACAAUUUUGAUAACAUCAUGAACGUCGCUGAGGAAUUCUACAAAAAGGACAAGCAUCAGAUUACGAAACCGGACUGUCUGCAGGAAACCUACGACCUGUGCAUCGAUGCUUUAGGCCAGAAGAUGCUGACCUACCUUUUCCAAUCCGACGAGUACCACAUCGCUUGCAUCUCUGAGUUCCGGGUUCAGCUGAAGACCUUUGAGGAAGAGCUGCCUCGGGUCGUCUGUCUGGCCAUCGGCAAAAUCCUCAAGGACCACGAACAGUUCCUUGCCGAAUCCACGGAACAGAUCCGGGGUCACCUGCAGGACCAGCUGAAAAAAUGGACCGCUAUCAAAGACAAGAACAUGGCCCAAUUGCACACCAGUUUGGGGCACCCAGACAAUAUCCCGGUGCUGGAAGCCUUGUGCCAAGAGGAAGAGAAAAGGCAGGAGGAGCAAGUGGAGAGCAUCCUCAUCUGCACCAGGAAGCUGGAGGUCUGCGUCACCGAGUGCGCCCAAAGGUUCGUCUCUACCUUGGCCGCUUGCACCGAGACCAUCCUGAUGGAGCUGGACAACAGCCUCACCAUUGAUGAUGUCCAAGUAGGAAAGACGGAAAAAGUCCGGGAGAAAACCAUCACGCUGAUCCGUCGUAAAAAGGCCGGACUCUCCUUAGAAGUGGAAGAACAGAAACUGGUGGCGGAGCGAGGCAGCAGAACCUGGCCUGGCAUCCCGCAAACCACCAACCCGAGUCUCCCGGAUCGGAUUAUCUUUCCGGAAACGGCGUCCGUGACCACAGCCAAAACCACGCUGGGCCACGUCGCUGCGGUGGAAGAGAGAGACGCCGUUUACACGAAAUUCAAGGAAACGCUGAAGAUGGAAUUUGCCCGGAUUCAGGAGGAAAACACAGCCCACCUGAUGAAAACCCAACACUGGGCCCAUUGGUGGAAGAAGUCUGUGCAAAAAAUCAAACAACUCUACUAUUCGUGAACCAGUUUAAUUUCCCCCUCUCUCCCCCUUCUCCUCAUUUGUGCAAUAUCGGUGUGUCCUUUAGAGCUGUCGGAAAAGAAAAA